GAGGCAGGCUAGGGUCUGUUACCUCACUGCUAAUUUCCCUGGCAAAUAAACCAGCAGCUGCUGGUCCAUGAACCACGUUACCACCAGGAACAGGGCACUGUGUGCAUGGAACAGGAUGCAUUCAUGGAACCCUUCAGCAGCAGGGUUGGGGUCCUUCGGUGCAAAAUAUACCUUCUGCUCUUAGUCAUAGACUUUCCAGUCCGCUUAAGAUUCAGCUUCCUGAGUCAAGAUCCACCUACGUUUCUGUUCCAGUCAUGCCAUGCAGGUGCUUGCUCGGGGCUGAAGGUGGCAGUGCCAUCACACACCGUCCAUGGCAUCAGGGGUCAGGCUCUCUACCUCCCCGUGCACUAUGGAUUCCACACUCCAGCAUCAGACAUCCAGGUCAUAUGGCUUUUUGAGAGACCCCAUACGAUGCCCAAGUACUUGCUGGGCUCCGUGAACAAGUCUGUGGUUCCCGACUUGGAAUACCAGCACAAAUUCACCAUGAUGCCACCCAACGCCUCCCUGCUCAUCAACCCACUGCAGUUCACCGACGAAGGCAAUUACAUUGUGAAGGUCAACAUCCAGGGAAACGGAACUCUGUCAGCUAGUCAGAAGAUUCAAGUCACGGUUGAUGAUCCUGUCACGAAACCAGUGGUGCAGAUUCAGCCUUCCUCUGGGGCUGUGGAGUACGUGGGAAACAUGACCCUGACAUGCCUCGUGGAAGGGGGCAGCCGGCGGGUUUACCAGUGGCUGAAGAAUGGGAGGCCUAUCCACACCAGCUCCACCAACUCCUUCUCUCUUCAAAACAGCAGCCUUCAUAUUGCUCCAGUGACCAAAGAAGACAUUGGGAAUUACAGUUGCCUGGUGAAGAACCCUGUCAGUAAGAUGGAAAGUGACAUCAUUAUGCCUACCAUAUACUAUGGACCUUAUGGACUUCGAGUCAAUUCUGAUAGAGGACUAAAAGUAGGGGAAGUGUUCACUGUGGAUAUUGGAGAAGCUAUCUUGUUUGAUUGUUCUGCUGACUCUUAUCCUCCCAACACCUACUCCUGGAUCCAGAGGACAAACAAUGCCACAUAUGUCAUUAAGCAUGGGCCUCGCUUGGAAGUUGCAUCCGAGAAAAUAGCCCAGAAGACAACUGACUAUAUGUGCUGUGCUUACAACAACAUAACUGGAAGGCGAGAUGAAACUCACUUCACCAUCAUCAUCACUUCUGUAGGAAUAGAGAAGCUUGCACAGAAAGGGAAAUCAUUGUCCCCUUUAGCAAGUAUAACUGGAAUAUCACUCUUUUUGAUUAUAUCCAUGUGUCUUCUUUUCUUAUGGAAAAAAUUUCAACCCUACAAAGUUAUAAAACAAAAGCUAGAAGGCAGGCCAGAAACAGAAUACAGGAAAGCACGAGCAUUUUCAGGCCACGAGGAUGCACUGGAUGACUUUGGAAUAUACGAAUUUGUUGCUUUUCCAGAUGCUUCUGGUGUUGCCAGGAUGCCAGCGAGAUCUGUUCCAGCCUCUGAUGGUGUACCAGGGCAAGAUUUGCACAGCACAAUUUAUGAAGUUAUUCAGCACAUCCCUGCCCAACAGCAAGAUCAUCCAGAGAGCAGCAGCCAAGAUGGGGAGGAGGAUGCCUGCCUGGACAGGCAUGAUGAAGCAGGUUUGCAGGAGCUGGGCCGUUGCAAAGAGCAGGACAAGGGUAAGCAUUCACAGGCAAAGCAGUGCAUUUAAGUGAAAUAAGGAAUGCACGUUUUGAGGAAAGCGGUGGAAAUGUAUAUUCAUCUGGAAUCAGUGGAGAAAUCAAGCCAGAUGCCUCUUACUCACUGGUCCUUUUAACACAGAAUAAAGGCAUUUAUAAGAGUCUGACUGCAGAUUUUCCGGCAUACCCACAAUGCACUGUGCUGCAAAGGAGCGUGGUGGGGCAGGAGUUCCCACUGGACAGUCUUUAUCGUGCCGACAGAAGAGAGAAAAGGACGGGACUUUCCAAUUACCUUUUUUGUAUCAUGUUUCCUACAAAGCUCAAUUAGUUCUAAUCUAUACUUUCCCUUUCCUCAGCACCGACAGUAUCAUAUCUAACCUACAAGUGUGGAAACUUUUAUUUGUAAAAUCUUCAGCAGGCUUUAUUAAAUUUUAAAUUACUACACUUUCAAAUUUUCAUUCCCAAAUUUCCUUCUUGCUAUUUGUACCAUGGAAUAAUAAAGAUGAUUGUCACAAAAGCAAGAGUGUGCCUUCUCCUAGGUUGUCAGUCACCAAUGGAGUUUUUUAAAAGACUUGUAAAACACUGAAGGAAAUGACUUACUAAAGUCUGAUUUUUACUUUUGUUCAAGGAACAGUGGAUUCAAAUAAAUUAUUAUGCUUUUGCUUGUA